CCCCUACUUAUGGGUUCUAGAGACCUGAGAGCCACUCCAAGGGUUCUGGGGUUUGCCGUGAGAAAUCGUUCGUCGCCGGCAGCAUCUAACAUGGUUCUACUCUGCAGCUCAAAGACCCCCAGGUUAUACUCUUUAAUAUUUUCCUCUCCAUUUGCUUCCAGAAACAAGAGAUUAGUGAUUGAAAAUGUAAAACCCUCACUUUCUUCUCUUCAAAACCAGUUGCUUUACAGACCCAUCACCUCAAAAAUCCCAGAAAACCUACACAAUUUCACCGUCGGUUACCUCAUAAGGUCAUGUGGGUUGUCCCCAGAAGCUGCAAUUUCAGCGUCCAAAAUGCUCGAAUUGCAAAACCCAGAAAGGGCAGACUCUGUUUUGGCCCUUCUGAGAGACCACGGCUUCUCCGAAAUCCAGAUCUCAAAGCUCGUCAGGUCGUACCCGAGAGUUCUGUUGGCGUAUCCGGAGAGAACCCUUUUGCCCAAGAUCAAGUUUUUCAGCUCCCUCGGAGUUUCCAAGGAGGAGCUUGCCAAAACUCUGGCUUCUACUCCACAUCUUUUAUCCGUAAGCUUGGCGAACCGAAUUGUACCCACUUAUGAGUUCCUUAGGAGUCUGAUUUCGGAGAAGAAUGUUGUUUCGGUUUUCAAGUUUCGAUCUCGAAUUUUCUUGGAAGGUCACUGCAAGAAUGUGGCUCCAAAUAUUGGGCUGUUGAGAGAAUUGGGUGUUUCCCAAUCAUGCAUUUCUCUGAUGCUAGCUCAAUGCACCCAAACUUUAAUGCAAAAGCCUGAAAAUUUUGGUAAAGUUGUGGAUGAGGUGAGGGAUAAGGGACUUGAUCUUGAAAAAGCGACUUUUAUGUUUGCGCUACGCUCAUUGUCUAGUAAGAAUAGUAAGUUGAUAUGGGAUCGAAGUCGGGAAGUUUACAGGAGUUGGGGUUGGUCUGAGGAUGAUAUUCUCUUUGCUUUCAGGAAAAACCCGCAGUGUAUGAAUCUAUCUGAGAAAAAAAUAACGCUAGCAAUGGAUUUUUUUGUCAACAAGAUGGGAUGGUCAUCGGGACUACUCGCAAAGUGCCCAGCGGUUUUGUGCCUAAGUUUGGAGAAUAGAAUCAUCCCAAGGUGUUCAGUUGUUAAGGUUUUGUUAUUGAAAGGAUUGAUAAAUGAAAAUUUUAGCUUGAGUUAUGUGUUAUUGCAAGUGGAGAAGCUGUUCUUGGAGAGAUUUGUGACCAGAUACCUAGACCAAGUACCUCAACUGUUGAGUUUGUAUCAAGGGAAAGUUGAAAUUGAAGAUUUGUGAUGUCCAUAAUGUUAAACUGGAUGACAUUCUAACAGUUUUAGCCAUUUGAUUCUGCAACAUUCACUUGUAGCAGCUAGCUUUCAGAGCUAUAUUGUAAGGUGUCAUUGGAUCAAUCUCAACAUCCACGAGGCUAUCACGAGUGGGAGUAUUUGCCAGGAGUAAGUUGCAGGUGUCGUUGGAUCAAUCUCAACAGCUGAAAAAGAAAAGUCCCCUUACGUUACAACCAGAGUGGGGGGGGAGAGAGAGAGAGAGAGAGAGAGAGUGAGAGGGCAACUUGGAGGAUAUCAGCUAGGUCUAUUUUGCGCAUAAUCUUUGGAGAGAGACCUGCACAUUGUCUGGUUUGCUUGCUUUCUUUCCCUUUUUGUUUUUUCCCUUCGUAUUCGAAGUGUACAAAUAGAAACCGAAAUAGACUCUCAUUUUUCAGACUUGAGUUGGUUUUCUUGUACUUGUGGAGCUGAAAUUUCAUUCUUGGGUUUUCUUCUA